ACGUCCUCCCGUGGGCGCGGUGAUAAAUUCAACCGCUUCUCAUUCACGUUAUACGAAUCACUGCCACCUAUGUAGACGUAGCUUACUUUUAUGACAGGAAAUCUUAAAUUGUCGGGAUCCGUUUGUUCUUUUCUUUAACAAAUUUGAAUUCAGUGGUUUAACUACCACGGAAAGGUGUUUGGUUUAUUUAUAACGGAAUCUGACAGUUCACCGACAUGUCUAGAGUUGCUGAUGUUUCCAAAAUCCGGCAGGAGAGAAUGAGGGAGAUCAGUUUGCGGAAUAAGGAGAAGGAGCGCAUGAGGGAGCGAGAGAUCGAGGCCCGCGAGCGAGAGUCCCGCUACAGCAACGGCCACCUGUUCACCUCGCUCAUGGUCUCAGGCACCACCCUGUGCUCCGCCUGCAAUAAAAGUAUAACGGCCAAGGAGGCCCUGAGCUGCCCGACAUGCAACGUCACCAUCCACAACCGUUGUCGAGACUCCCUGCUCAACUGUGUCAAAAUGAAACAGCGGCAGCAGAAGAUGGUACAGACGCGAAAUAACUCAUCCAUGCAGAACGUCAACCUACGCACUAAAACCACGGUGAGGCGGGAGCGGCCCAGCUCAGCCAUCUACCACUCCGACAGCAUCCGCCAGUCGCUGCUGGGCUCGCGGAGGGGCCGCUCUACCCUCUCUCUGGCUAAGAGCGUGUCCAGCAACAACAUCGCCGGGAAUCUGAAUGAGGACUCUCCGAUGGGCUUCCGCAGGAUACUGUCCCAGUCCACCGACUCGCUGAACUUCAGGAACAGGGCCGUCUCUAUGGAGUCACUGAAUGACGAGGGAGAGGCCUACUACGUGUCCAUGCUGGAGGAGCUGGACAUCGAGGAGCGAGACUUCGAGGCCGACUCCUGGAGCAUGGCGGUGGACACCAGCUACCUGCAGGCCCACCGCAAAGACGUGAUCAAGAGGCAGGAUGUGAUCUACGAGCUCAUCCAGACGGAGCUGCACCACAUGCGCACUCUGCGCAUCAUGGACCACGUGUUCCGCCAGGGCAUGCUGGAGGACGUGGGGCUGGACCCGGGCACCGUGCACGUCCUCUUCCCCUGCCUGGACCAGCUGCUGCUGCUGCACUCUCGCUUCCUGGCACAGCUCAUCCUGCGUCGCAACUACAGCCUUCAAGCCGGCUCCACCUACAACUUCACCAUCCUGCAGCUGGGCGACGUGCUGCUGGAGCAGUUCUCAGGCCACUGUGCAGAUGAGAUGAGGAAGACGUAUGCCGAGUUCUGCAGUCGCCACCUGAAGGCUGUCAAACUAUACAAGGAGCUGCUCGCCAAAGACAAGAAGUUCCAGUACUUUAUACGGCGGGUAUGUCGAGGGAACCUCUUACGUCGGCAUGGUGUCCAAGAAUGUAUCCUGCUGGUCACCCAGAGAAUCACUAAGUAUCCCGUCCUCCUCCAGCGCAUCCUGGACAACACUAACGACAGUGAAGAAGCGUUGGUGCUGGCCCAGGCGCUCUCCUCCAUCAAAGAGCUGCUCAGCUCCAUUGACAACCAGGUGGUGGAGCUAGAGCGGACCCACAGGCUGCAGGAGAUCCAGGCCAAGCUGGACCCGCGGGCCGAGGCCAAGGUCCGGGACGGGGGUGUGUUCCGGGCCAGCGAGCUGCUCCGCCGCAGGCUGGUCCACGAGGGGGCGCUGCUCUGGAAGAACCCGGGGUCCCGGCUCAAAGAUGUGCAGGUUCUACUAAUGGCAGAUGUCCUGGUUUUCCUGCAGGAGAAAGACCAGCGGUACAUAUUCCCAAUUCUGGAUAAGGACAAGUCUACCGUGCUCUGCCUUCACGGGCUCAUCAUACGAGACAUCGCCAACCAGGAGAGGGGCAUGUUCCUGAUCAGUGGCUCUUCCCCCGCGGAGAUGUACGAGCUGCACUGCGCCUCCAGGGAAGAUAAACACAUCUGGAAGCGGGAGAUCCACCACGCGGUCACCAACUGCCCUUCGCGAGAGGAGUUUCCACUCAUUGAGACUGAGGACAAGGCUCUUCUGAGAAGAAUCAAAGCCGACAUCCAGCAGAAGGAUCGGGAGGUGGUGGAGCUGCUCCAGGAGCGGGUCACCCUGUUCUCCGACCUGGCCGAGGUGACGGGGGCGUGCGAGGUCCCGCUGCCCAUCAACACGCGCAACCUGUUCAGGGCCAACACGGCGCAGGCACCGCGCGCUGAGAAGCUGCUGCUGGACUCCAUCGCAGAGGUGGACAUGCUGAGCGAGCUGCUGCUGGGGGUGAGUCUGGACAUCCCCCUCUCCUACGUGACCGACUGCCCUCACCAUCACAUCGGAGCCCACGUCAUCAAUGGUCAGGAGAUGAUGGCCAAUGGGGAGAAUGAUUCCUCCGCCGUGAAGGAUCCUAAGCAGAAUCGAGACAAGCCACGGAGUGAGGAUAUCUGCCAUCGGCUCAUGAACCUCAGUGCCUAUCUUCACGCUCUUCAGGGGGCCGUCAUCAAACAAGACUCCAUUCUGGAGCUGUGUCUGUGGCAGGAGGGCCCGGGGGCGGGCUCCCACGCCGGCCGGCUGUGGCGCUCCCUGUCGCGGGAGGCGGGCGCGGGGGACGGCGGGGCGGGCUCGGCCCUGGGGGAGCUGGCCCUGCUGCAGAGGCAGCACAGCCUGCUGCAGGAGGAGCUGGGCCGCCUGCGGGGGGCCGAGGGCCGGCUGAGGGACAGCGAGAAGGCCCGGGCCCAGCUGGAGAGGCAGGUCCGCGGCCUGGGGGGCCCCCAGGAGGGCCCCGGGUCCACCCAGCAGUUCCACUCGAAGCAAACCUCAAGAACGGACGAGCUGGACUCCUGCCGGGACCCCCACGGCGCAUUCGACGAGCUGCAGGACUGUAGUGAUGCGGAGGAGGAGGUGCUCUCCGACGACGACGAGAGGAGAUCGUCUGGCCGCUCGGAGAGCCCCAGGGAUCUUCAGGAUAUUCCAGAAGAGGCUGAAAUUGGUGUAGAAAUUCGCUUGCCCAAAAUGUCUGCCUGUUAAAAAGCCCUUCCAGACGGCUGAAAUCCCCUAUUCUUAAUCCUGUCCUCUGCACAUUAGAUGGGUUCCAAAGAAACGCAGCCCUGAAGGAGCUCCUCUUCUGACUGAAGUAUGAGGUUUCAUGAUCUGCACAGGUAGAGUUAUUUGUGCAGUAUUUUCUAGGUUGUGUAAUGUGUAUGUGUCUUCAUUUUGGGUUGAUACUUCCAGGCGUCUCUGGUCUGAUGAGUAUGUGUGGUUACAAGGGAGGAAUUGCUAGUAAAGCUUUUUAUGCUGUUGCUAAUGCUUUGUAAUUUUUUGUGCAUCUAAUCAAUGAAAGGAUGAAUAAGGGGAACACUUUUGGUGCAUAUCUGAAACAUACUUAAAGGUCCAGUGUGUAAAAGAGAGGUGGCAUCUAGUGGUGAGGUUGCAGAUUGUAACCAACUGAAUCCCCCCCCCCCCCAUCCUUCCCUUUCCAAUAACUUUGGUGUCCUGUACUGGCCUGUAUUGUGGAAGAUGUCCUUUACUGGCCUGUAUUGUGAAAUGUGUCCUAUACUGGCCUGUAUAAGGUGUCUUUUUCUGCCCUGUAUUAGGUGUCCUGUACUGGCCUGUAUUGUGUAAUGCGCCAGUAGUUACUACUUAAAUUAUGUAAUUAGCUACGACUGCAUCGGGUAGGCAAAUGUCAGUGAAGAGGAUCUUUGGUAGAUGUACAACUCUUAGCAAGACAUUUCUUCGGAACAUGUUCUCUCUAGAGCAGUUUGUCCUUAUCGGGCUGCUGUAGGACCAUGGCGGUCCAACAUGGCGCUCUCUUUGGAAGAGGACCUGCUCCCCACGUAGAUAUAAAGGGCUGAACCUAAGGUAACGACAGCACAACGUUGCUCAUUUUAUUGGGAUUAUACACUAAUAAAACCAUACUUAGGAAUGGUGUGUUACCUAUUCUGCCAUGUCCUUUCAGCUAGAUGCCACUAAAUUCUACAGACUGGACCUUUAAGAUAAACCAAAUAUUCUGUAUGAUUUUGCAACGAAAACUAUAGUACUUUGCACAAACAUAAACAGCUGAGUUCCGUCUUUAAGAAAUAAUUCGCCCAACAAUGUAAUAUUCUAAAAUCCCCUUACCUGCUCUUGAACCGUUCAAAGUAUUCUACAUUUAGGAAAUAUUAUCAAUUUUUUAGCACAAAUGUGUGCGAUUUGUAGAUAUCUAUGAUUUCCACUGACCUGAAACCCCAAACGCCCUGCGUGAGAGAGCAGUGGCCCCAGGUCCAACCCCGCGUGGCCCGGAGGCGGGCUCUAGGUCUUCUGCAUUGACCAACUGAAAAGGGAAAAGGGUUUCCAUUUUGAUUCCCAUUCCGACAUCUGGAAACGUAGCUCUGUGAUGUCAUGGUUGAAGCCAUAAUUUAUACACAUUUAUAUUAGGGUGAAUUAUUCCUAUUUUAUUGAGGUCAUGACAUUUUACUGUUAUGUAUGCAUCCUCAAAACGUGAAUGUAAACCAAUAGCGUUACAGUUUAGAAAUCAUCAAAUCUGAAACAUUGAUGCCAGUAAAACGCUUAGCUCCUGACUAACUUUAUUAACUGGCUGGCCUUCAAGCUCUUCUAAUCACAAAGAAAGGUGUUGGUGUCGGCUGAAACCUCUUUUCUUUGUAACUAAACAAUAUACGUGAUGCUUAUCAGUGUGCAGAGUAUCCUUAUGUAACGAUGAGGGCUCAUAAGAAAACAAAAUGAAAAUAUAUUUUUUAUAUAAGUAGUCAUGUAGAAGUUUUGCAUGAAUUUGCAUGUUAUUUAGUAUAUUUUAGCUCAUAUACAUUCAAGUUGCUGAAGCUAAUACUUGCGAGCUAUAUUUGAAUUGAAUAAGGAUGCAGUGAGGGGACAUUUUGGGGGAAUCUCUUUACACAUCUCCCAUCGUACUUACUUUAGCUUUAAUACAAAUAAUGGUAAAAACAUUUAAAAUACAUUGAUUGAAGAAUGCUGUUUUGUUUUAGUUGAACAUGUGGGAAAUUAAUUUAAUGCCAAAUGCCCAACAUGUAGAUUUGGAAGUAUUUUUAAUCAAGUAUUUUAAUCAAGAGGAUAGGCGACUUUCCCAGACGACCAGCUCAAUAUUGAUAGUGCAGGCUAAUUCAAUGUGAAUAUGGGUGCUGUCGAUCAAUAGGGAUUAAAUGACCACAACCGGACAAGCAAUUUAAAUGUGAAACAUACUUUGCAAUACAAGUGAGCCAUUAAACACACAUACUAAUGAAGUGGGAGUUUCAUUUAUUUAAAGUUUCUGUAGAUUUUCAUGCAGAUGUUUUAAAGACCUACGUAGUGCCUACUGCUAUUGUUGCUGCUAUAUAUGCCACAUAGUUCAUUCCGAUAAGAAAUAUAUUUAUUGUGUUCUCUAUCAAGUACAACUUUUUUGAUUUAUGGAUGACAUAAUCAUGCUUUCAAAUGUGUGUUCUUAUAUAGGCUAUGAUAUUGGACAGUUUUGUUUUGGAUAAACCUAGAAACUCUAGCACAAACACAAGUUAUGCUUUAUAUGUAUAUUUAUAUGCUCCUUUUCAUUCAGUGAUAGCUUAUGCUGUUGCAUGCUGUUACACACUGUUAAAGGAUGUUACAGGCUGCUACAUGCUGUUACAUGGGGUUACACGCUGUUGCAUGGGGUUACACGCUGUACCCUGCUACACUGAGCCAACAGCGUAGCGUUGGCCGUGGCAGGGAUGGUUUUCGUGUCAUCGUGGCCAUAAGGAAUUUAAAAAAAUGUAUCCAAACAUUCAAAAAAAACAAAUGAUUAGCCGAAGCUUGAAAUGAUGUAUAAUGGGCAGCCGUAGUAGAUUAGCAACAAGCUAAAUGUAGGCUACUACGCAAGCACAUGCCUCCCCCUCUCGCUUUGGACUGGUGACUGCAUCGUGUAAACACAGAGCUCUUAAUCUGAUUUAAGGAGUGAGGAGAUGGACGCAGACAUUUGGGUUGACUGGGAUGACUUCAAGUUAUUUUAUUCUGUUUGCGGUGCCAGCCGAUCACUGCCGCUGAGGCUAGUAUUAAAAUGGUGGCACCUCCCUUGCUAACCCUGCAAAUGUGUUAAUAAAAAUCAUACAAUUGAUAUUGAUGCAUAGUUUAAUUAAGGUUUUUUUCAGUGGCGUAAAUAUCGACCGUACAACCGGUGCCCCCCCCCCCGCUUGGAAGUCCUGUCCAGGGGCACAAAAAAAUGAUUUGCACCGGCUUUGUCUGUUAUAUAACAUAAUCAAAAAGGUCUAAUAAUGACAGUGAACACCCGUUUUGCUCCUUUUGCCCCAGACGCGCCACUAAUGAUCAAAAAGCUCCGCCACGCUUAGCUUUUGUGCUCAGUGUAGCUCCGCUUCUGACAAUAAAAGGGUUUCCUUCGAUUAUUUUCUUUUGCAAUAAUAUACAUGUUAACUAAGUGAAAAAAUGUGAUCACUGAUGCAAAAUAAAGAGUCAAAUUUUGUAAAAUC